UUUUUGUAUUCAAUCUGUGCAGAGAUCAACCAGCAGAAGACAAUUCAGAGCAAAAAUGGCGAAUUUCAACGUGAAUUCAGUCCUGUUAAUCACUAUUUCGAUUUUCGCAGCUGCAGCUUACGGAUUUGACGAUAAAUGCGCCGCCUGCAAUGCAAUUGCUACGGAGCUGGAGCGCGGACUCUCAAAUGAAAAACCGAGAAACCAUUUGGACAUGAGACACCGUUUGGACUCUAAAGGUCAGCGACAAGGGAAGCUAAUAGAUUACAGAGUCAGUGAGUUGAGAGUUGUUGAACUUCUUGAUGGGCUCUGCGAAAACAUGCAGGAUUAUACUCUGGAAAAGGUGGAUUCAAGCAGACAAUGGAUCAAGGUUAAGGACUGGGAUAACCUUAAGACUAAUAAACAAGAAGCUCGUGCAUAUUCAAAAGAUAUUUCAUCUUUCUGUGGAAGGUUACUAGAAGAAACUGAAGAUGAGCUUUCAGAGAGGAUAAAGAAAGGAUCUGUUAACGCCGGAGAAGUAAGCAAGGUCCUAUGCCAAGACAUCGGCAGAUAUUGUAGUCAGACAAGUGGCAAUAGGGAAACAGUGGAAGAUGAAACCAGCAACGAAGAACUCUAGGAACUGCGUGAGGUGGCUCUGCGAAACUGGGCGUUUUGGUAGAAGAAACUAUGAGGCUUCAGAGGUGGUGAAUUUCUCACCUCCAAAAUGCCUUGUUUUACUUUGGUGGUGUUCAGAAUUCAUGAGAUCAAAUUUAGUUCUCACUUACACUUACACUUGAAAAGAAAAAUAUUAUCAUCAUCUUUCUCA